AGUUCUGGUUGACUUUCUAAGUCAGGAUAAUUAUGUGAGCCUGCUGUGUGACUAAUGACUAAUACUAAGAGGUGCUGCUGUGUGACUAAGUUAGAAACAAAUAUAAUGCAAAUUACACAGACUCUAUUGUGACUGUCUUAGUAUAUAAAAAAGCACCAAGAGCUCAUUUAGCAAUGCUUUAUUACAAUAUUUCUACACAAGCAUGAUAUGGUACCAUUAUAAUUACAUUCAAAUCACAGCCAUCAUAACAUAUAACAUAUGCAAUAUUUGUGAUACAAUUAAAGUAAAUUACACUUUUAAUAGGGAAAAAGCCACACAUGUCUAAAAGCCACAGCAUGAAACAAUUCUUUAGACAGUUUGUAGUCUUUUUGCAACAUCUUAAUAUUUAGAUUAACAUAAAAAUUCCAGUACAUUUUAUGAUAUUCCUGCAUUUAGUUGCAGUGAUUAUUUUUGGGGGGUUUUUUUCUCAAAAAAUGUUUGGAAAUGAAACUGUGUUUGUUGUGGAGCAUGAAUUUUCUACUAACAAGGCUGAAAACCAUCAUGAAUGAAGUCAAACCUCACAUGAAUAUGAGUGCGGAAAACUAAAUCAGCUAUUCCCAGCUAAACUCAACAAAAGAUGGCAGAAGUAGCCAAACAGAUAAAAGUGACAGAUGCAUCCAGUGGAGAUGAUGAUGUUCCUCCUCCACCUCCUCCACCUAGACCUCAGGUUCUGCAAUCACUUCAAAAGUCUGAAAGCCAGAACUUCCUGCCUGUACCACCUCCAAAAGAAACCUUCUCAGAGUUCUACCAACAACAACAAAAAAGUGAACUGAAGCGUCUUUUUAAACACAUUCAUCCUGAACUGAAGAUGAAUCUUGAUGAUAUUGUAGAUGAAGAACUGAUAGGUGCAAUAAAUCCCCAAGCAUUGGAUACAGCAUAUCAGGGAGAAGUCCAGUCCAUGCGCUGGAUAUUUGAGAACUGGACUCUUGACAACAUUGGAGACCCGCAUGAAACUAAAAAGCUUCUCAAUGAGGAAAAUCUUCCAGGUGGGGAUGUGAGGGGCAAAUCAUCUUUGUUUGAGCAUUCAGUGUUUGAUAGUCAACGCACAACAGCGGGAGAGAGGCCAGGUGUAGUCAAAGGAGAUGUUCGCACGGCCACAUGGUUGUUUGAGACACAGCCCCUAGAUUCAAUAAGUCAGAAAGAGAUGGAGAAUGAGGAAAUGGUGGAGGUCGUACUGAAGGAACCCGUUCAGAAGGGAGAUGUGAGAGGUACACGUCUCCUGUUUGAAUCCAAACCGCUGGACGCUUUAGGCCGCUGCUGCUCAGUUGAAGACCAACAUUUCCUAAAACUCAAAUCAGAACUCCAGGAGAACAAAGGAGACGUGAAGAAAACAGUCAAACUCUUUCAAGCAGAUCCCAGUUGUGCGAUUAGGGAUAGCAGUGGCAAAAUCCAUGAAAUCAAAUCAAUCUGUAGAGAAGAAAUCCAGGGCAGUGACUUUAAAACAGCACGUUGGCUUUUUGAAACUCAACCCUUGAACGACAUAAAUAAACGAGCUGGUGUGCAGAUUAUUCGUGGGAUCUCACUUGAGGAAGCCCAGAAAGGUGGUGUUGAUGAGAAAAAAUGGAUGUUUGAAACCCAACCGCUUGAUGCAAUUCAUGAAGGUGUUAUGGAAGAACAAAAGUUCAAAGGAAUGGUGGAAGACAUCUCUGGGGAAGCAGAUGUUCAUAACAAACUAAAGCUAUUUGAAAACCAACCCCUAUCAUCUCUUAAAGGAAAGUCUGUCGGUGAAAUUUCAGAGGAGGAGGCAAUUAUUGCAGGAAAUGUAGGAUCCACACUAUGGCUUUUUGAAACUCAGCCCAUGGAUGCUCUGAAAGACAACUAUGAGGUGGGACAGCUCCAGAAAGUUGUGGUGUCAAGUGAUGAAAAAGGCGAAGUUAAAGACAAAAGGCUGCAGUUUGAGAAAUUCCGUGUUGGCAAAACAACAAGGGAUAGUGGAAACAAAGUUCAAGAUGUUGAGAAAGGAGAUGUGAAGACUUUCAAGAACCUUUUUGAAACUUUACCCCUUAGUAACAUCUCUGAGAAAGCACAAAAUCAUAUCGACGAUAUUAUAGCUGGGGAUGUCAAAUGCAACCGUUCACUGUUUGAAACCAAACCAUUAUAUGCACUUAAAGAUUGUGUUGGAACUUUCCACAAGGUUACAACUGUCAGUAGAGAAGAAUGCAUCAAAGGGAAUGUACAGAAUUACAAAUGGAUGUUUGAGACGAGACCCUUAGACCAAUUUGAAGAAGGUGGUGGAAAUGUAGAACUCAUCAAGGGCAUUACAAGACAAGAGGACAUGGCAAGUGAUGUGAGGACAGCUAAAUGGAUGUUUGAAACACAGCCUUUGGAUUGCAUCAAUACAAAGAGUCAGAAAGAAGCAGGUUCAACAGUAACACCAGAAGAAUUUCAAAAGGGUGACGUGAAGACAUGCAAAUGGCUGUUCGAAACACAACCAGUGGACAUUUUGUAUGAGAAAUCAGAAAGGAACCAGGAUGUAGAACCAGUGCCAAAAGCUGAUGUGAAGUCACACACUUGGUUUUUUGAAACACAGCCACUGGGUAACAUUAAAGACAAGGAGGACUUCAAUUUGAAAUUGAGCAGUACUGUGCAGGGAGACAUAAAAAGUGAUAUGAAUGUGAAGACAAUGAAACACCUGUUUGAAACAGAAACUUUGGACAGACUAACAAAGCAAACAGAUUCUGAACAAAAUGUCAGAUAUGUCAGUCAGGUGGAUUUCCAGUCUGGAGAUGUCUCACGUGUCAAGGAAAUCUUUGAAUCCAAGUCACUUCAUGAAAUUGGAAGUGAAUUUGUCAAAGACUCUAAGGAGCAGAAAGAUGAAAUUCAGUCUGGAUCAGUCCACAAAUUCACUUGGCUGUUUGAGAAUCAGCCUAUCAGUGACAUUAAUGAGAAGGAGGACAAAAUCACUUGCAGUGUCAGUGAUGUUGAGGGUGGUGAUGUUGGAAGCAAGAAGUUUAUUUUCGAAACUUUCUCUCUGGACAAAAUUCAGGAUAAAGACAAACUACUUAAGCACCAGUCAAUGAGUGUCGAGAAUCCCACAAGCAGUAGUGGAAAUGUAAAGUCCAGCAGUAUGCUUUUUGAAUCCCAGCCGUUAUAUGCAAUAAGAGACAAGGACGGACAGUUUCACGAAGUUACCACUGUAAAGAAAGAGGAACUGAUGAGAGGAGAUGUCAGGGGUGCAAGGUGGAUGUUUGAAACCAAGCCACUGGACACUAUUCAAGCAGACAAAGAAAUCUACGUAAUCCGUGCAGUUACACAAGAGGAUGUGUGCAAGGGAGAUGUGAAAUCAGCACGAUGGAAGUUUGAGACUCAGCCCUUUGACUCCAUCACACCUCGUGAAGGGCCAUCGGUGAGGGUUGUUGAAGAUAUAGGCAAUGGGAAAAGUGUGCAACAAAGCAAGCAACUCUUUGAGACUGAUCAAGCAAACCAAAAGAAGUUUGUGCGAAUGGUGAGUGUUACAGACGUUCAACAAGGUGAUGUACGUACCUCAACCUGGCUGUUUGAGAAUCAACCUAUUGAUACUCUAAAAGGUGAGCCAGAUGAGAAGAAUACCUUGACAACUGUACAUCGAGAGGAUAACACAAAGGGAGAUGUAAAACGCUGCACUUGGUUAUUUGAAUCACAGCCCUUAGAUAAAAUAAAGAAUGAUGAGUCUACUGAAGAGCUUGCCUCAUCAAAGGAAGAAAUCCCCAAGGCAGAUGUCAAAAGCACAACCUGGUUAUUUGAGACUACACCGCUGGACAAAAUCACUGUAGAGAGUGUGACAGACAUACUGUACCGCCUUUGCCAUUAUUCAUUCAUUCAUUCAAGUGGAAUCAUCAUCCAGGCAAAUGAUUAUAAGUAUGUUAACAUGGCAAAAUAUCAGAUUGUGCAAAGCGAGGGGCCUAAAGUUCAAAAGGAGGAAGUUGUUGAAGGAAACAUCAGGAACAUAAUGUUGCAGCUACUGUUCAAACCGAACCUGAAACCUAAAGUUGUUCUACUGAAAGAGGAUGAACAAGGCAAGAUGCACAGCACAGUGCUUGAAAUCCCUUUUCAACAGUCUGGAUACACAGAUAACCCUGAGGCAGAGUGUAAGACGCAAGAAGCAGUUAAAAUUAUUGAGAACUUGCUCAUCCAACAAAAAACUAUCAAGACAGGCUUGGUGAUGCAAGAGUCUGAAGAAGGGCAGCCAGAGAUGACAGUGUAUUCCCUCCAGUGUCAAAGCUGCUUGACUGAGUCACAAGACAUUGCACGAGGAGAUGUCAAAUCCACCAUUGGCAACCUCCUCGCCACUGUCCACAAUCAACAGACCAAAGCAUCUUGCAGACUAGAACAAAACGAAAGGGGGAAUGUUGGUUUGUAUCGAAGCUGCAUUGAAAAGGGUGACCUUAAGAGCCUACAGCAAGAUCUUUCUGAGGAGGAACUGUCAGCCUCUUGUAGAGAUAAAAUUGAAAUUAUUCAAGGUGAUGUAAAGGAAGCAAAGCGAUACCUAAUUCAACAAAGGGAGCAAGCUGAAAGAACAGUCAUGGAUGUUAUACCAGGAGAUGUGAAGAAUGCCAAAAGGGUUUUCUCAGAGGUCUGCAUUGACCUUGGCAUUGGAAACUCUGUGCCAAAGGAGGAGAUUGUCAAAGGUGAUAUUUUGUCUGCCAUGCAGCAACUUGAUGAAGCAAUCAAACAGCCAGUCAUGGUCCAGAAGGAGGAAAUUGUUUCUGGGGACAUUAAAGCAACCCUUGAAUCCUUGGAGCAGGCAAAACAACAAAGCAAGCAUUUGGAGCGUGAGGUCAUCAAACCAGGCACUAUUUAUGAUCUGAAUAUAGAAGCAGAAGAAACGUGCUCAGAAGAAAAUGAAAGGACAUUAAUUAAGGAGGAAAUUAUUUCAGGGGAUGUUAAGGCUGCCAAAAGAUCCCUGGAGAGGGCAAAGAACCAAAGCACGAGAGUAGAACGGGAACCUGCCACUCCUGGAAAGCUGUAUAAUCUAAAUGAAUCAUCUCAGUGCCAAAGCAACACAACAAUCGAGCAGUCUACGACAUCCACCUUGAGUAACCAGCGGAUUACUACAACAUUUCAAAAGUGACCGGAAGUGAGCAUCUGACCAUCUCGGCACUCAAUUCAGAAUCUCUUAGCUCCAGUACGGACUAUUCAAAGCCCUCUAACAGCAGGAAAAGGAGAACAUCCACCACCCAUCCCACCAAAAACUGGUAAUCAGGUUAAAGAUCAGAAGCCAGUUAUUCCACCAAAGCCAUUGCAUAUCACCACCAGCUCCAAGCAUAUUACAGAAACCCCACAUGUUUGUCCAAGCUUACUUGGGCAUAAUAACAAGCAACAGACUCCAGAAAUCCCACCCAAAGUUGCUGCCAGCAAAACAUUUUUGCAAUAAAAGGAAACAGUAGGAAUAUGCAAAAAUUGUUCAAAAGACAAACUCCAGCUAUCCUAUGGAUUUUCAGGAGAUGUAGUACAGUGAGCAUUGGGUUCAAAAUUCCCACAUGCAACAAAAUCCAUCAUUCAGUAAAACAGAGCCUCUUGAUGAUGGUUCCUUUCCUUGUAAUAGAAUAAGAAUGGAAAAGAAAUGUGAUUCCGAGGAUAAAUGCGGCAGAAGAAAUCAGGAUGUGUGUGCAGAGCUAUUCAAAGCACAUUGAUGAAUUAACAAGGGGUUUAAGGUUGCACUUCAGAAUUUUGGGGAAAAGAAAACAACUACGGACACAACCUCAACAAAAAAAAACAUUAACCUGGCUGCCGAGUUCAUUUUGUAGCAUUUUUGGUUGAUUUUUAGAUCCAUAUUUCUAUUUAAAAUACAUAUAUGUUAGUUGUAUUGGUCCUCAUUUUAUAUGUGUGUACAAUAAACAGUUUUAUUGUGAUGAUUUAAGAGCAAGGGUUUUUGUACUGUCACAAUUAAGUGUUAAUAAAUAUUUGUUUCAAAUGCUGUGUAUUAAAAUUAUCUAUACUUA